AUGAGACAAUUGAUAUGUGGUCUCUUAUGGCUAGGAUCUCUUACUCUUGGUCGAGCUCAAGUCACAGGAGUAGCUCAACAGGGCGCUACAGCUGUUGCCCCUUGCUUUCAGCUUACUGGCUCAAAAGGCUGUCCGGAUUUGACUGGUUCAUGGCUUGUGCCUUCCGAUCGAUUUACUGAUGUGGCCAGCUUUGAUGCUUACAUCGCUUCUUCUAUUGAAUCGUCUCCUACUUAUGUCGCUGCAUUCCAAUCAGCCUAUGGAUGCACCAAUUUCACUGGCAGUCUGAGAUUCCAUACCAGUGUGUUAUGUGACUAUUUGGUCUCGUUUGCUGCUGCUGAAUGUCCAGAAGCAGCUGCUAUUACAAUCAAACCACUAUGUCAAUCAACAUGUGCCGCAUUCCUUCAAUCACUAAAAGACACAUACGCUGAUCCAUUGCAAUGUACUGCUAUUGCAAGCACAACAGCUGAUCCAAAUCAAAAGAGUCAGUUGAAUAUGCGCACAUUUGAUGUGUCGCAGUCUCCAUUUUCAAUGUAUUGUAAUGUCUUGCCAAACAGUGCUUGCUCGUCUGGCUUGGCUAGUGAUCUUGCUCAAUGUGGAUUUGUCAAUCCAAAUACCACAAAAUCAUAUUGUAUGUCCCCUACUACAAUGGAUCCAUGCUGUAGUAGUGCAAAUCAAUUAUUCCAAGUGACUCUAUCUCAAGCUGUAGCUGAUCCAAACGAUACGUACGUAUUUGUGGCAUCUGCAGUCUCGGCCUUUCUUGUUAUGACGCUAGGAUGCAUGGUUUGCGCAAAAGCAGAACUGAGACUUCGAGCUCAAAACAAGACUGCAAUCUUGUUUUCAGACAACACAAAAGUCCAUGCUUCCAAAUCUGUUGUAUUCUCUCCAAGACAAGUUGGCAAGCCUGGAUUCGACUCUGGUGGACUUGAACGCAAAUUUACAGUUGCUCGUGCUUCUGUAUUUCCACCUUCAAAGCAACAAGGACAAUAUCAACUCCCUGAGAUUAUACCAACGAUUCCUAUGCCACCCCUUUAUCGUGAUCAAGUUCCCGCCAAAGGGUUACAAGAAGAGUGGCGCUGUGUUGAGCCAUUCAUACCAAGGCUUCGUGAUGAGAUUGAAAUACUUCGGGAUGACGUGGUGGUUCUUGAAGAACGAUUCGAUGAUGGGUGGGGAUGUGGAACAAACCAAAGAACUGGUCAGAAUGGAGUUUUUCCUAUGGCUCUAUUUGAACCCAAGACAGCAUCUUGUGCUGGAAGUGGUGGUCGUCCCAACUUCCAUUUGGGUGAUAGGAACUCGAGUAUAUUAAAUUCGCCUUGGUGA